AUGCUACAAAUCCAGUAAAACAUGAAAUUACUGAGUAACUUGACAUCUAAAUUCCCAACAUUCUCAUUGACUGGCAUUCCUGGCCUAGAGUCUGCCCAUGCCUGGAUCUCCAUCCCCUUCUGUUGUUUUUAUGCCAUUGCCCUCUCUGGGAACAGCAUGAUCCUGUUUGUCAUUACUACCCAGCACAGUCUCCAUGAACCCAUGUACUAUUUCCUCUCCAUGCUGUCAGCCACCGACCUGGGCUUGACUGUUUCUACAAUGUCAACAACACUGGGUAUCCUCUGGUUUAAUGCAAGAGAAAUCACUCUAGAUGCCUGCAUUAUCCAGAUGUUUUUUCUUCAUGGAUUUACUUUUACGGAAUCUGGUGUGCUCGUGGCUAUGGCUUUUGACCGCUAUGUAGCAAUCUGUGACCCUCUCAGGUACACUACAAUUCUUACUAAUUCCAGAGUCAUUCAGAUGGGUCUCCUAGUGAUUAUACGAAGUGUGUUAUUAAUAGUUCCUCUACUUUUGCUCCUUAAGCCUCUCUCUUUCUGUAAAAUGAAUACACUUUCCCACUCCUACUGUUACCAUCCAGAUGUGAUUAAAUUAGCAUGUUCAGACACUCAGGCCAACAGCACCUUUGGAUUGGUUGAUCUCCUUCUAACAACAGGGAUAGAUACACCAUGCAUUGUGCUAUCUUACAUCUUGAUCCUUCGCUCUGUCCUCAAUAUUGCCUCCCCCAAAGAACGGUACAAGGUCUUUAGCACCUGUAUCUCCCACAUCGGAGCAGUUGCUGUUUUCUACAUCCCCAUGAUGAGCCUGUCCUUGAUACAUCGCUAUGGUCACUCUGCCCCCAAAGUGGCCCAUUCAAUUAUGGCCAGUGUAUACCUGCUUUUACCCCCUGUGCUGAACCCCAUCAUCUAUAGUGUAAAAACAAAACAGAUCCGUGGGACUAUAUUUAGUCUUCUCCUUACAAAAUAA